AAGGAAGUCACUAUCGUCUUCCAUUCUCUUUCCUCUGUUGCGACUUAGGUUCAUUUAAGUCCUUUCUUAAGACCCCAUUUACUUUUGUUUGUACUUCUCUGCAGCUGGUCUUUGCCUGUGCUUCGUUGUUGGUCUUUCUCAAAAUAGUUGUGAUUGCAGCUGUGUGUGGUGGUGUUUUGACAGUCACCCACUUCCUCCCACUCCCUCCUCUUUCCUCUCUCCUCCCUCCUCCCUCCGUCCAUCGGGUUCAGGACCACCAGCAGAAUCAAGAGCACCGUCACGAUGGCGAGCUACGGCUCUCUGUCAGUGCCGGCCACUACGAGGAGCACCCAUUCAAGCAGCAUCACGUCUCGAGACGACGAGGCAUCAUCCGAGAACACGCCCUUGCUAUUGUCCUCAAACAGAUUCCAAUCACCACGGCACACUGACGAGAGUCCAGCCGGCACCAUUGCACACGGAGAUGAGCACAGUGAGCUCUUGUCUGUGCUGUCGAUAACCGGUGCACCUCCUAUCGGAAUCGAGGUCGAGGCAAUUCCUCCGAUUGCGUGUUCGCCGGAUGAGAACGGUGAUACGACACUGCCUAGGGAUGACACGCUCAGGUAUCGUCCUGGUUCCGUGAACGGGGACGGCGAGACGAGCGAGAUGAGCUUCCACGGCGGCAUCAGCAAGGGCCAGUUCUGGGUCAUCUUCUGUGGAAUCCUCCUUGCUAACUUCCUCGGGGCUUUCGAUGGCACUAUCAUGGCGUCAACUCACACCUCUGUCACAUCGGAUUUCAAGGCUUCGGAGCUUGCCUCCUGGUUGUCCACAUCCUUCCUUCUGACGGCGACAAGUUUCCAGCCGCUGUACGGAAGGUUGAGCGACGUGCUUGGUCGAAAACCGCCGUUCAUAUUCUCGUGCCUCGUAUUCACCAUUUCAACUCUGUGGUGUGCUCGUGCGCAGAACAUCUACAGUUUCAUCGCGGCGAGAGCAGUGUGUGGGCUUGGAGCUGGGGGGAUGAUGACGAUGGGCGCAAUCGUUCUUAGUGAUCUUCUGCCGAUUGAGAUUCGUGGGACAUACCAGAGCAUCAAUAACCUCGCUUGGGGUCUUGGUGGAGUCCUCGGUGCCGCAACUGGUGGUGCAAUCGCCGAUGCCUGGGGAUGGCGAGCGACAUUCGGGCUACAGGUUCCCUUCGGCGUCAUUUGCGUGAUAGUUCUCUUCGUGACGAUGCCAUCGCGGGACAAAGCAGAUUCGGCUACAGCCCUGUGGGAUCGCUUCAAGGACUUUGACUUCGCGGGCUCAUUCUAUCUGACGACUGGGCUGAUGUUCUUGAUCCUCGGCAUGAACCUAGGAGGGAAUGUACUGCCGUGGAGCGAUUGGAAGAUUCUCGCCUCGCUAUGCAUUGGGCUCGUUCUGGCGAACCUCCUAGUGCGUACAGAGGCCAAGGCCAUCUCGCCUGUCAUGCCAUUGAAACUUCUGGCAUCUUCGCGGGGACUGAUAAUAUUCAACAACUUCUUCAGCAUGGCUAUCAUCAAUGCUGUCCUGUUCAACCUCCCCCUUUACUUCCAAGCCGUCCGCCUCGAGAGUGCUACGCAAGCUGGAAGCCGCCUUCUGAUCCCCGCAAUAAUGAACUCCGCAUCCGGGGUCGUGACCGGUCUCAUAAUCACCCGCAUCCAGCGCUUCGACUUGACCUUCUACAUCGGUGGCAUUCUGAUGGUGGUCGGUUGCUUCCUAUACACCAUUAUACCCCGCGAACUGCCAUCGUGGGCAUAUUUCUUCUUCCUUGUGCCUUGCCAUUUCGGCAGUGGUUUCGUCUUCCCGAGUGCACUCCUAGGAAUCCUGGCGAUGAGCACGCAGACGGAUCAGGCGGUUGUGACGUCGACGCUGAUCAUGCUGCGCUCACUCGGUGGAGUGAUGGGCGUUGCCAUGAGUUCGCUGAUCGUCCAGAACUUCUUGCUCGUCUUCUUGAAUGAGAAUGUUACGGGUGUUGAUAGGGAAGAGGUCAUCGAGAGGGCGAGAACAAGCGUGCAGAGCAUCUUCCACCUGAAGGGGGAGCAGUUGCGUCAAGUAACCGAUUCCUACAACUCCGCGCUACAGUUGUGUUUCGUCUUCAUCUUCGCGAUGUCCCUAGUAGCUGGGUUGCUGAUCGCCAAGCUGGAUCUUCCACGUCUCCCGGGCAAAAAGAGGGCCAAUGGUAGAAUGGACAAAGUCAUGUGCCACGUUGGUGAAUGAGGGACGGUCGGGGAUAUAAAAAAAAGUUCAUAUUGUCUAGCUGUUGUGUGGGGGUGAUUCCGGCGCAUGUUUAGGGGGCGAAAUGAGAGCUGCAAGCGGAAUCACGAAUAAAAUAGAGUGGGAUUGCGGAGGUUUUCGUGGGUGGAGGUUUUCGUGGGUGGGAUACGUGAGAUAGACCUAGCGGAGGAUGCUCUAUGCCUAUUCAAGGUUGUCCCUACACUUAUGACGAGUGGAAACCCAUGCUGCGGACGUCUGAUGUGAUUUGCCAAUGCGAAGCGCACAGAUGAGUCAUCCCGAGAGCUUUCAAUGACAGCAGUCACUAUAGCCGCC